AUGACUAUGACAACUCCGAGCGGAGCAAUUUACACUGAUUCACCUGGGCCCGAAGCCUCGGCGGACUAUAUCCAGCACGUCUCCCAGCAACAACAUCAGCACCAGCAGUACCAGCAGCAACAGCACUAUCCUAUGCACCACGCCCAGACAGACCCCGGCCCAAGGCAACAACAGUAUCAGCAGCAGCGCCUUUCAUACCAUCAACAGCAACAACAAGGGCACUUUCCUUACCAGCACCACCAACACCACAACUCGACGCCUUCUUUCCAAGCAGGCGCGUCUGAGAUGACCGACGCGUCGCAUUUCGACAGUAGCACAGCAGGAACAGCUGCUGCUCAUAUCAACAAUCGGAAAUCCUACCGCAAGUCCUGGUCCGCAAGCGAAACCCUCGAUGCCUAUGGAACCCUUACCCCUCCCCGUAUGAACCUUGACCACUAUCGUGGUAGCACCGCUUCUUCUUCCCGUGGAUCGCUCAACUCCAAGCCAUCCUCUGUUGGCAUGUCUGUCUCGCUCUUGACUGAUGCUGCUAUCUUGGCAAAGUACCGUGACACUGCCAUCAAGACCAACGAUGCCUCGAUCCAGCUGUCCUUUGCAAAGUACUUGCUCGAGAUUGGUGAUCCUUCAUCUACCUAUGAGCCUGUGGUUGGGGAGAACAACAACAACAAUACCGACCCCGCCGCUGCACUUCCUCCUCGUCCCUCGUCGGUCGGAUCCAACAACUCACCCCCCUCGAGCGCUCCUUCGAGUCCCGCCACUGGACCUCAGGACCCCAAGACGGGCAAGAAGCAAUUGAUCCUUGAGGGAGUCUACUGGAUCGACCGUCUGGCCAAGGAGGGCCACCCUGAGGCUCAAUUCAUCCGUGGAACCUGGUACGAGGAGGGUAUGUACUUGACCAAGAAGAAUGCGGACAAGGCUCUUCGGUGGUACCAGUCCGCCUCCAAGGGAGAUUACGGUCCAGCACAUUACAAGGUCGCUUACUUCUGUGAGAAGAAGAAGGAUAACAACAAGGCCGUCAUGCUCUACAAGAAGGCUGCCAUCCACAACGACGUCCCUGCCAAUCACCGUUUGGCAAUGGUGUACUUGCACGGACAUCUCAGUCAAUCACAGAACAUGAAGGCAGGACUUCAAUACCUCAAGCGUGCAGCGUCCCUUGCCACCGAGGCAGCACCCAUGGCACCCUACGUCCUCGGCCUGAUUCUCUCUCGGGACUACGGCGACCAGCUCAAGAUCCCCGACGACAUCUCCUUCCCCGACGAUGGCGAGGCUCUGGAAUGGUUCCGGAAAUCUGCCCAACUCGGCUACGGUCCUGCAAACUACAAACUCGGCUACUGCUACGAAUACGGGUCCCUCGGCUGUCCCAUCGAUCCCUUCUCGUCGAUCCAACAUUACGAGCGUGCGGUCAUGGGCGGCGAUGGUAAUGGCGAGGCGGAGAUGGCGCUCAGUGGAUGGUACCUUUCGGGUGCUGAUAACUAUUUUGCGGCCGAUGACCGCUUGGCGUUCCAUUAUGCUUCCAAGGCUGCAGACUUGAACUUACCCAAGGCUCAGUAUGCCAUGGGCUACUACCACGAGGUCGGUAUCUCGAUCCCCAUCGAUCUCGAGAAGGCCAUGGAGUUCUAUAAGCGUGCUGCCGAGAACGGAAACAAGGAUGCCAAGAAGCGUCUGGAGGAGCAUUCGGCAAAGUUUACGCCCCUCGGUCACAAGAACAGCAUCAAGCGCAUGAAGAAUGGUCGUAACCGUGGACCCAAGGAUGGUAGCUGCACCAUCAUGUAA